AUGAAAACCCGCAGCCAAACAAGGGCACAAGCCAUCAAAUGGAUAUCUCUUCCCGCAGAGAUUCGCUUGAUGAUCUUGGAGGCAAUCGCAUACCAAAAGAAUUCUGGCUGGGCUUCUCUUGCGUCUGUAUGCAGAGAAUGGCAGCACGUUUUGGAGAAGGCCAAUUACUACAAGAUGAAGCUGGGAGUAUCUUGCCUCGACAAUUUCGAAAGUAUAGCUUCGACGCAGAAGAGAGCGCUCAUUCACCACAUCUGUUUGGAUUUCGAAUUACCACGAUAUACACCCAAGUGUUGCUCGAAACGACGUAUACCACCAGUGAGGAUUGACUCUAUCGUCAGUAAUGGGAUAUCGAGGCUACUUUCCAUUCUCAGUUCUUGGAGCCCAUCGAAUAAGUUAGCGCUAGAGAUCAACGUGUUCUCUCCUAGCGACUGCGAACACUGGUUCAAGAACUUGUACUUGUCCUCCGACGAUGUUGAGUAUGGAGAGGACACAAUGUCGGAUACGUGGAGGACUGGAACUGGAUAUCAUGACCCACGGCAUGGCUGGAUCCACGGUCAACAAGUCAAAGCUCCUCCAUACCCAGUCAUGGAACGACUUUUCAGACGUAUCCACUUAGUGUUACCUGAAAUGCUGCCUCGAGUUGAAGCAGUCAAUUGCCUCAUUAUCCGUCGACAACUCCGGCGUCGCCUUUCUCCGAAAUCAAUAGGCAUGUUACUCAGCAAGUUUGAUCGUCUAGAGUACAUGUCCUACGAACCGUGGGCGCCAUAUAAAACUCAGGGGAGAGAAUUUGAUGAUCGAGACCUUUCUAUUGCGAUGCGAACCAAUUUUCCGGAUACUCUCAAAGAAUUGGUAGUGUUUGAAGAUUCCUAUGAAUUCUACGAUCCAUUUCCAAAGCGGGAAGCACUCACACAACCCGCUUUCCUCUUGUUCAAUUUUAUUGAUUGGAAUGAUCCUCGCAAAAGGCUUGGUCCGGUUUUCGCAUCAAAAAGUCUCGACUUACAACACCUGGCCAUCUCCUUCAUGAUCAAUGCCGAAGAACUGUUUCAACAUUGUCAGUCGACGUGGGGCUGGUCACAUCUACAAUCUCUAGCGCUCACAUCGCAGCUCCUGCAGGACGAUGGGGAAAAGCGGGAGGAGAUUGGAGCUUUGCUCUGCCGAGCCGGGGUCCUUGUUCAGAAGAUGCCCAAGUUACACACGUUUGUGCUUUGGAAUGGCGGGAAGGCACAUGCCUGUGCCUUCAUAUACCGCAUGGACAGAGACGGUGCCUCAGUCACUUGGCGCGGAACGUGGCAUCUUGAGUUACGUCCUCGUGUGGUCAAGUCGUGGCAACUCGCGGCCUCGAAGCUGUCUCUUUCUGAACUUCAAGUAAAACAGGAGCAUAUUCAAAGGGUAAUAAGGUCUCACGGAGACGCAAUAUAUCAUCUGAAACUGCCCUGCAGAGUUAUUGAACCUGCGUCACUUUGGCAGAUUCGGAGGGAAGGAUGCGGCUCGGCGCAUUAA